AUGACAAUCGAUUCUGGCGCAGAUAUGCGAACUCCAGUGUGGCUGGACUGCGAUCCCGGCAUUACUACCAUCCAUGGAAAUGCGUCACUAGAAAACACCACCUACAAUGCAGGAAGUAUAUUGGAAGCAAUUGGACGGCCGGAGAUCCCGGUCUAUCCUGGAUGCCGCAAGCCAUUUUCUCGACCUGCCCUACAUGCUCCUGAUAUUCACGCACAAGCCUUGGAGGCAGAUGGUACUUAUUAUGAUGCUGAUCAAGCCUCGUCAACAGGAGAGUCCGGUCUCGAUGGGACGGAUCUUUUGCCAAAGCCAUCACAACCACCAAUCAUCGAUCAGAAUCCAAUUCUGGCAAUGCGAAAUGCGCUUCUUGCCCAACCCAAAGGUACUCCGUGGGUUGUUGCAACGGGAACUCUGACCAACGUGGCUUUAUUGUUAGCAACAUUCCCCGAAGUGGCAGAACAUAUACAAGGUCUUAGCAUCAUGGGUGGUGCUAUUGGCGAAGGAUUCACAGAAGCCCCCAUGAGUAAAUUGCCAGGGGAAAAGUCUCGCAUCGGGAAUGUGACCCCGUGGGCCGAGUUCAAUAUAUACUGCGACCCUGAGUCUGCCGAAUCAAUUUUCAGCAACCCCAUCGUUGCCUCAAAGACAUCAAUUGCCAGCCUGGACUUGACACACCAGGUCUUGGCUUCGCAUGAAGUACAAAUGCGCAUUUUGCAUGGGUCCAGUGACUCGAAGCCCCCGACCGUCAUUAGACAGAUAUUUCAUGAUCUACUUCUCUUCUUUGCUUCGACGUCUUCGGUCUGGCCACGGGACCUCCGCUUCAUGACCCCCCUCGCAGUCGCUUUUAUUCUGUCGAACUUGAACCCUGCCUUUGCCACGAGCCACCCCGAUCAGGUACUCAGGUUUGAUGACAGGAGGGGUGAGCGAUUCGACAUUAAGAUCGUCACAGAUGGUGAGCAUGGCAAGGAUGUGUCUGUGACUGGACAAUUGGGGCGAUCUAUUGCCACGCCUGCCUUGACUGGAUCCGGAGUUGCCAUUCCAAGAGGUGUUGAUCUUGAUGCGUUUUGGCAAAUGAUCCUCCAAUGUGUACAGCUGGCAGAUGACUGCAAUACCGCACGGCAGUCAUGA